AGCUUACAGGCGGCAGUGGUUCUAAAACUGCUGGAGGCUUCAGGUGGCUGGUAGGGACUACUCAGCCGGAGGAGAGUCGUUAGGGCAGCUGAGCAAUUUCUGUCUAUAUCUCCCUUUGGAAUACGUUAUAGAAUAAAUCUAGUCCCCGAAUAAUUCUAAUAAAAUAGAGGAUCACAUAUCCCAGCCGGGAGGCUUAAUUUCUAAUUGCAACUGCAUAAAUCAACAGAAGGCAUCCCUCUCAGGACUAUUUUCAGACCCAGCCGGUGAUUGAGUCACAAAUGCAUUUUUCACGUCCUUAUUGUGAAAUAGAGGUCGGGAUAAAAUACAAUCAGAAGACUGAAAUGAAGCUCUUGGAUAUAGAUCCUCAUCCAUUAAAUUAGUGUCUCUCGCUGGCUUUUAGUUUCGCUGUGUUCAACAGUCUGAAUUAAUUGAGUUCAACAGAACAGUCUCACAACAGCAGAGAAUCUGAAUCUAUUUCUAAAAUGCAUAUGCAAUGGCUAGAGCCUCUGAAGGCCGUACCAUACCUGUCCCCAAGAAAGAACUUCUGAUUGCCUGAAUAAUAUAGCACAGAUAAUGUUACUGUUUCAGUAAACUCCCUGAAGUCUAAGGAUAGAGCAAAAUCUGCACUUCCUUAAGAGCAGAAUCUCUUGAGAACAGUUGAGACUGAAAGCAAGCUUAAGUAUUAGGAGAAGUCCAUGCGUAGUUCAGAAAAGGUCACUGCUAGUUAAUCAUUCUUAAUUACUGAGAAGCAAGGAAAUUCCAUCUCCCAUUUCCCCCCAUCAGAUUUCUUUUCUGAAUAGCAAAGAACUAAAAUUGUCUGAACAAGCUUAAUAAAGUCCUCCAGGAAGUUGAGCUCAUUUCCAAUAUUAGAAUAAGUGCUGUACCUACAAAAGAGGUGAGUUCAUAGGAAGCUGAUGGCAAGCUCUGUUUCCCUAAAUGUUCAAAGCUUUGUUUGUCUUUUUCUAAAAGUACAAACCAAGUGAUGUCUUAGUGGUUAAAUCAAAACCUCCAUCAUUUACCCCUGAAAUACUUUUAUCAGAUUAGAAAUGUUGCGAGUAAAGCCUGCUAGCUUCUGUCUGCUAUGUGCUUGCCUAUCGUCAAAGGAAGACCCUUUACAGGACAUAGGUCUAACCAGUGGAUCUUUUAAUUGCAUAAGUUAGUUUGACACUUGUGUAAAGAAUGAUUUCCCUAUCAUAUUGCUCAAAAUGCUUUUGAGAUGUGGAGUGAAUAUUGUACUAAUGCAAAAAUAAUACUUGUCACUAAGUAUCUGUUUGGAAGCAUAAUGAGAUUUUACCUUGUAUUCUUCCCAGCUACUGGGGGAUAUUUUCUUCUUCAAAAGUUGUUGGCUCAGUUUUGCAUCUAGUCAAGUCAGGUGAAUUUUGCCAUGUCAAGUAGAUACAGGAGCAUAAAGGAGAACAUGACCUCAAAAGUAGAUGGGUGUAAGUCAUAGCCAUCACAUUCAGACUGGAAGCAUAGUGUAGGUCUCCUUAAGGUUUCGACUUAACCUGUUGUAUACCCAAGGGAUCAUUAAGAAAAUGUGUGUUUGCACACAUCCAUUACCCGCCAAACAGCCACAGGUCAGACCUGGGGUUUAGGCACACACACAUCUUUGGUAGCAGUCACAUAAAAAAAAAUCAAUGGUAGGUUGUAUUUCCUUACUUAUAAAGGCAAAAGGAUAACAAAGGAUGACACAGUUUAAAAUUAGUAAGAGACAGCAGUUUUUCAAGUGUGUGCACUUGAGUGGAAAAUGUUCCUACCCUCUUUCUCUGAAUUCCAGUGUUAGAAUUCUGUAUUUCUGCUUAUUUUUCCUAUCACGCAAGUCUCUUGUAGAGCUCCAGUGAUUACUCUGGCCGGAUAAUUCUGUUCUGAGAUUGUAAUGCAUUAUACCACUUCUGUAUAACAGGAAAGGGAACUUCCUCUUUAAAGCUACGUAUUACUAAGUAAGGAGGAUUUCUGAUGGGCGGAGUUCUCCCUUGAGCAGGCUAGAUAAAGGCUUGCGGGAUUUACAGACCUCUCAGACUGCAAUCAGCAUGAACUGCAGCCUGUCGGACAGAGUGCUGCUCAGCUACGCGAUGGCUGGACAGCGGGACAGGUUGUGCCUUCAGUCUCUUUGGGACUUUGUCACAGCAAAGGAGCCAUUGAUCAAGUCACCUUUUUUUCCAGUGCUGUUUUCUUUUACAGCAUACAUGGCUUUCUGUCUUCCAUAUAUUGCACUGGACUUUUUAAGCACUGGACUACCAAACUUGAGAAAAUACAAAAUCCAGCCACAGAACUAUCCAACUCUUGGAAUGAUGGUGCCUUGCAUUAUUCAAAGUGCGUAUCACCAUGUUGUUUUGAUCUUCCCGGUGACGUUUCUCCACUGGUACUGGAGACCAAUGAAUCUACCAGUGUUAGCUCCAGAGCUGCCUGAGGUCCUGCUGGAAGUAGGAGUUUGCCUGCUUCUGUUUGAUUUUGAGUACUUCCUGUGGCAUUUGCUUCAUCACAAGGUGCCUUGGCUCUACAAGACUUUCCACAAGGUGCAUCACAAGCAUGUGUCAACGUUUGCUCUUACUACACAGUAUUCCAGUGUAUGGGAAUUGCUCUCACUGGGAUUUUUUGCUGCUAUCAACCCAGUGCUCCUCGGAUGCCAUCCUUUGACAGAAAUGAUUUUCUUCCUUGUAAACAUUUGGUUGUCAGUGGAGGACCAUUCAGGAUAUGACCUUCCGUGGUCAACUCACCGACUUGUGCCUUUUGGUUUAUAUGGAGGAGCACCACAUCAUGAUCUCCAUCAUCUCAAAUUCAAAUCAAACUAUGCUCCUUACUUCACCCACUGGGACAAACUCUUCGGGACAUUCACAGAGUCACAUUCUAAUUAAGGAUAUUUACCUGUGGACAAACUCUUACUUUUUUAUAGACUAAACGGGGACAUUAAUUUUUCAAAGACAUGCGGAAGAUUGUAUAUUUGAAGCUGCCUGUAAAAGCAAUAGCUAUUUAUAACAAAUCCUCUUAAUAUAUGUGUAUUUGUAUGUAUACUUGGAACUGUCUAUGUUAAAUGACUGCAAAUGGGAGGGUAAAUAUCUGUUGCUUAAAUUUGUUUGAGUCAAAGGUGUAAGGGAAGCAUUAAGAGACAUUCUCUCUUCUUUCCUUCUUUCCAGCUUUCAUAAAGCAUGUAUUGUAUUACUGUAUGAUGUUUUAUACAUACACCAGAACAACUAUCUUACUGUUGUAGGAUGAUUUAUGAUGUAAACAGAAAAGGUACACAUCAUGGAUUUUGUGGAGUUUAAUCUGCUAGAGCAUAUUAUUGCACAAUGAUGUUGUAAAAUAUUGCUGCCAAACAAAGCUAGUUGGCUAACUGUUGCAAUAAUUUUGAUAUUUAUAUUUUAAACCUUGAUGUACUGUCUGUUUUUAAUAGAAAAUAAAUAUGGUCAUUCUUU